GAAUCUUUGCAAAACCAAGUCUUCACUAUUAAAAGAUUUCAAAGCAGUGAUGCGUCAAUCCAUUUUUAUACUGGAUUUCCAAACUGGAAGGUAUUUAUGUCUGUUUUUAGAUACCUGAAUCCUGGUGAUAUGGGUGAAAACAUCACAUACUGGUUGUCUUCAAGGAAAAAUGUAUCUGCCAGCGUUUAUGAGGAGGUGGCAGCUAAUGGAAGCAAGAAAGGCAGAAGUAGGUCAUUGAGGCCUUUUGACGAAUAUUUCCUUGUGAUGUGUAGACUCAGACAAGGCUUUCCUGAGGAGCACUUAAGUCAUCUGUUUGACAUAUCCACUUCAACAGUUAGUCGGAUUUUUAUCAGCUGGAUAAAUUUCAUGUAUUUGAGGCUAGGCCAACUAAACAUUUGGCCAACAAGGCAAGUAAUUAAUGAGACAAUGCCUGAAGAUUUCAAGCAAAAAUAUAGUUCUACAAGAGUUAUUAUCGACUGUACAGAGGUGAGGUGUCAAAUGCCCAGUAGUUUGCAUUUAAAUGGGGAGCUGUUUAGUAAUUAUAAACACCACACAACCCUGAAGGGAUUAAUUGGCAUUUCUCCUGGGGGUGCAAUAACCUUCAUCAGCCAGCUGUAUACUGGCAGCAUCUCUGACAGAGAGAUUGUUGUCAGAAGUGGAUUGUUGGAUUUGCCAUUGCAAGAUGGAGACUCAGUCAUGGCAGACAAAGGAUUUACAAUCGAUGACUUGUUACCUUUAGGAGUUUCCUUGAACAUUCCUCCCUUUCUUGGCAGCUCAAAUCAAAUGCCAGCACAAGAUGUUGUUCGCACUCAGGAAAUUUCAAGCCUGCGAAUUCAUGUUGAGCGUGCUAUAAACAAAAUCAAGAAUUUUCACAUUUGGGAUGGAGUUGUGCCCCUCCAUCAGUUUGGGGUUGUCAAUCAAAUGUGGGCAGUCUGUGCAAUCUUAUGUAAUGCUCAACCAAACAUUAUUUCUAUUUGA